AUGCCUUCCAGAGACGGUAGCAAGGCUUCAAGCUCUCAGGUGCCUUUGUAUUUGUGGGGAGGUUCCGAGGUGUACAAGAAGAGGUUUGUGGCCAACCUGCGCCGCGUUACAAAUGAAGAUCAAUUCCAGAGGUGGCGGGCUGCUUAUGCUUUUGCAAUUCCUGAGGAUGUGCAUAUCAAGCUGGCGAAGCCUUUGACUGACUACAUGCCUUGCGUGGAUGCGAAUGAUCCAAAUGCGAGAAUCAUCACCUUCCGUCCCUUUUACUUCUCCUUGGGCUUCAAAUUCCCACUGUCAAAGCUCUUCAAGGAGGUGUUUUCCGCCAUGGGGUGUGCUCCGAGCCAGUGUACUCCCAAUGUUUAUCGGGCGAUCAUGUGCUUCGAGAAUCUAAGCCGUUUUUUCACGUUGGAGCUAACAGUGCGAGAUCUUAGCCAAGGAGAUCACGUGUGGCAUGAUGAUGUGUUGGAAGUCAGCGGACGGUGGGAAGGCGAUGUUGGUGAUGGUUCACUUGUUCCCAUCACCUAUUGCAACGCGGACGACAUCAGCAAGAAAUUGGAGCUUGAGCCUGACAUGGCUAAGGCUCCGUUUGGGAUUGCUGUCACUUUUAAAAAAAGUUGUUUAUGCUGUGCUUUGAAAAUAAUUAGCUGUAAAGUAAAGCAGCUCCGUGUUUGUGGUAGUGAUGGAGUGGAGGUGGUGGUGGUAGGGAUGGCGCUUGUGGAGGUGGUGGUAGUGACAGCAUGGUGGUGGAGGUGGCAGCAUGGUGGUGGUGGUGGUGUUGGUUGUGGAGGUUUUGAAGGAGGUGGUGGUUGUGGUGGUGGUGAUGGUGGUUGUGGUGGAGGUGGAGGUGAAGGUGGAGUUGGUGGUGGUGGUGGUGGUGGUGGUGGUGGUGGCGGUGGCGAUGGCGAUGGCAAUGGCGAUGGCGAUGGCGGUGGUUAUGGAGGUAGUGAAUGUGGUGGAGUUGGAUGUGGAAGUGGAGGUGGUUAUCGGGAGGAGGACGGUGGUCUGCCCCCAGCCGAGGAUGUCGAAAGAUGGAAGCAGAAUGGUCUGGACCCUGAUGAUCUGUCUGCUGAACAAGAGACAUGCUCUGCUGAACCCCCAUCAAAAAGGAAGACUGAAGUCAAGUCUUCGAGAACUCAAGCUACCUCUUCACAGGUGAGGAACGUGUCUCCAUUGAGGAAGAAGCCAAAGCUCCCUUAUGCUGAGAAGAUCCCAGUAGGAGUUGUUCCCGCCUCAUCUACUAGGGUCAAGCAUCUUGUUGGUGCAGACAGCAAGAAGAUAGGCGGUAUGCGCAACAUAAGGGAUGCUCCCCUUAAGCCUCUUGCUGAUGAGCUUGGAGAUCAUGAUCUGCUCCGCGAAGUGGUCCGUGUGCGAUCUUGCUCACCUGUUGAAAGACAAAGAGAUGCGGAUGUUCCUCCCCGAAGUUCGGGUCGUUUGCACCAAUCGAAGAGUGGAGGUCGAUGUGAGAGGUCUGCUCAUCCAUCCAACCGUCAUGAUCCAACUGUUGAGUCACGAGCAGUCAAGCAUGGAGUUGAUUCGACGUCGCAAAUUCCUUUGGAAGUGAGGUUGGCGGAGGCUAGGAAAGCAAGAGAGUCAUCUGCCCGGACAAAAGGUUCUUUUGCAACGUCAGCGACUGAUCCAAAGGUGGACAAAUCUAGCCCUGCAGGGGAUGCAGGCGUGUCUGAUCUGCUAAAGACGCAAUUUCUUUCAAGUCCAUCCUCUUGUGCUGAGCUGGUUGACCAAAUCCGUCAGGCUGGCGAUCUUGGUACUUUUUCAAGUCUUUCCUUGGAAAAGCAAAAGGAAUCGACACUUCAUCUGCUUCAAAAGGGAAUAGUUUUUGCUGUUGAGACCAUUCGGAACUCGUCUGCUGUUGCCCCAUCUUUUGUUCAGCUCAGCGAGUUGGAGAAGAAGAAUGCUGAGUUAGUUAGCAAACUUUCCGCCGAGCAGACCCGUUAUGAGAAGAAGACGUCUGAUUUGCGGGCGAUGAUAUCUGAGUUGAAGAGCUCCCUUGCUGAGAAGGAUUCCGAGCUUAACUCUUCUGCUGCUGACUUGGCAAGUUGA